UUAGAGAGAGAGAACGAUUUCCGCCCAAGUCUAGAGCCGAGAUGAAGAUGCUGUGCUCAAGGCAGAUGUCCUAUGUGUUUGUCGUGUCUCCAUAGCUGUGGUCAUCGCUGGACUCUACAACGCUGCACUGUUUAAACCCGCGAUACAGAGCUCCAACUUCAAAACCAACUACGCCGCCUACAAGGGAGUGGACGGUAACAACGAUGGUAACGCUUUAAACGGACAUUGUCAGCACACAAACGCGAGCUUGAUCCCAUGGUGGAUGGUGGACUUACGUGGUCAGUUCGUGGUGGAGCAAAUACGAUUAACCAACAGACAGGAUGUGUAUCAGGGUAUUAUUGUGGCUAGGAGAUUAAGAAACUUCGAUAUUGAGAUAUUUCAAGAAGAUCCCAGAAAUCUAGCCAACUUCCCAAAUAUUACCGGUGAAGUCUGUUAUCACCAGAAUGCACCGCUAGAGCCAGGAACUUUCAACUUUACCUGCCCUGUUCCAAUCAUCGGCAGAUUUGUGCGUCUUGUCAUGAGACCAAGUGCUUCAGAUGUUAUACAUAUUUGUGAACUGGAGGUUCUAGCGAGCAGUUCCCGCGUUCAAGAUUUCUACUACACUCUUAAAGAAAACACCGAACUGCAAGGAACUCCACUGGACGAAAUGACUUUCAGAGACUCUUCUUCUUGUCUCCAGGAAUGCCUGCAACGUAGGUCAACGGACUACUGUACUGCUUUCAACUGGGUCACAUCGACAAGGUUGUGUCGACUUUUCAGUGUCAACCCGUCUCUUAGCAUAACUGCUAACUUGACCUUUGUACUGGGAACUUAUUUUUACAUUGAAAUAAGUACAUUCGGCUAAAACAAACUUGAUAACACUUCUAGAGAAUGGGCGAAGAGAAUCUUACUAUACACAAACAGA